CGACUGUUCUCGCCUGUCCUCUCUAUCGCGAUUCUCUAGCAGCCUUCAUCUGGAAUUUUUCACAUUCACGAGCAUUUCCCUAUACAGCGCUAAAACUACUUCCUACUACCCCAACACAUUGCCCACUCCGUAUUCUUUUCGGCAUACCGGUGCAUACGAAACGACAACAACGCCUUGCACCGAUGCUUCCGAGAUCAAUCGUCAUGGCUCGGUUCACGUGUUUGCGUCCCAAAGUGCGCAUGUCAGCGGAGCCUGUGCGGACGGUCAACUUCGUUGCCUUCGACAUCUCGCCACGAAUCGCAUAAAUAAGAUUCUGCGAUCGCUUUCAACGCUGGAGAUCAGAUGAAUCUCGAAGCUCUGAGCUUGCGUGUCGCUUCAUGGACGAAUCGAGUUGGCUUCAGGAAGAAGGAAAGGCAUACAAUUGGCGACCUUCAGACGAUAUUAUCCUCUGCUGAAGGUGUCGAUACCUUGUUGACUAUAAAGGAAUCACGCGUGCCUUCAGUCGUAAACUUGCUCCAUACUGAAAUUCAAAGGACUGCUUCAGAACAGCGUUUUCAUGAAUACCGGAAGAACUGUACGAAGUGCCUCCAGACCCUUGUCAAUAAAUACCGCGUCCUACCGGCAUCACUCUUCGUCAAUGACAUCAAGGAAGCUACAUUCACCUCCUCUUUGGGAGGUUAUUCCGACAUAUAUAGAGGAAUUUCUGGAGGUCGAUCCAUUUGUCUCAAGGUGUUGCGGAUUAAUGUCCAAGACGGGCAAAGGUGUGAAGAUGAUCCCAGACGACGAGAUGAUCAGGCUUUCCGCGCGUUCUAUAAAGAGGCUCUACUAUGGACUCAACUAGACCAUCCAAAUCUUCUUCCUUUCUUGGGCGUGAAUAUUACGAAAUUUUCCGGGAGGUUUUGUUUGGUGUCUCCGUGGAGGGUGAAUGGGGAGAUCACAAACUUUCUGCGAGAGAACCCUAAACAUGACCAACUCACAGUGAUUACCGAAAUUGCGGCAGCCAUGUUGUACCUGCAUUCGCUUGAUAUCGUCCACGGCGACAUCAAAGCGGCGAAUGUCCUAGUGGACGACCACGGACAUUGUCAGCUCGGAGACUUCGGCUUAGCUGCACCUGUCGUGACAAACACUUUGAUCACCACCGAUGGUCGGAAAGGCACCAUUCGGUGGAUGGCACCAGAGUUAUGGAAAAGCCACGAUUACGAGGCGACACGGAAGGACAAAAAGGCAAAGUUCGGACGUGAUAUUUACGCAUACGCGAUGACGGUUCUCGAGAUCAUAACGGGCCAAAUUCCUUUUCCCCAUAUUAAACAAGAUGCCGCGGUAAUUUACGCAGUUGGGGUGCUGGGUACUCGGCCAGACCGACCAAACGCAGUCGCUUGGUGUCCUGAUGUCAUUUGGAUGUUGGUUCAACGAUGUUGGGCCAAGGAAACGCACCUUCGACCAAUGGCGGACGAUGUUCACUCCUUUCUAUCGCUUCUUCGAAUUUUGCAUGGACUAGAGCUGCCGUGGAAGCAGGGGAUGCCUCUCGAAUAUUGGGAUAUGAACAAACAACAUCUCAAUCUAUCGGAUAUAUCAACUGCGUUAAUGAGGCGACUGGGAAACGAUGGUCAGAUACCAUCUUCAUUAAUUGAACGACUUUCAAUGGAAGUUGAGGAUUCGAGUGAGGACACUAUGGGAACACUUACCGAGGAGAGCCAUCGGUUCGAAUUCAAAUCCGAGGAUGCAAUGAUGGAUGACAUUCGGGAAUUGCUAUCUGCGGAGACCGCUCUCGACACCUUAUUGGACUUGAAAGCUCCAAGGAUACCUCCGGUGCUCGAUCUCAUUCAAAAUGAAAUACGAAACUCGGAAUUGGACCAUGAAUAUCGCCGGAAAUGCAGCAAGUACCUUCGACUUCUGGUUAAUAAGCACCAUGUUCUGCCUCCUUCGCUAUUUGUGAAGGAGAUCACCAUAAGUGGUCUGCGUGCAUUAGCUGUAGGAGCAAAUUCAGAUAUAUACAGAGGGACGUUUGGGAAUGAAUCGGUAUCCAUAUGCCUAAAGGUCUUGAGGAUACAGGUUGAGGAUGAUGAAGAGCAAACGAAUAGGGAUCUCCUCGAAUUCUACAUGGAGGCCUUACUAUGGACUCAGCUCAGCCAUCCCAAUCUCUUACCUUUCCUUGGGGUGAAUACCACAUUAUUCCCCGGAAGGCUUUGUCUAGUGUCGCCGUGGAUGACGAACGGGGAGAUCACCAGGUUCUUGGAAUUAAACCCAGGCCACGAUAAGCUUAGAGCGGUCGGCACGAGUGCUCACGUACCAGCCUUUAUUGACUCUGACGUAGAUCUCCGAAAUCGCAGCAGGUAUAUUGUACCUGCAUUCGAAUAAUAUCGUACACGGCGACAUCAAGGGGGCGAACGUCCUAGUGGACGAACAAGGGCGAUGCUAUCUCGCCGACUUUAGCUUAGCUGCCAUAGCCUCCAUGACGACCGUCAACUCGCAUAGUUCGACGAUAACAAUAAAUAGUGGGGGGAAGGGUACGAUUCGGUGGAUGGCACCAGAGCUAUUUCAAUUUGAUGGCGGCUCUGAUGAGGAUGCUUCUGAAAGCUUGAAACCACCAAUCGACAUUUACGCCUACGGCUGUACACUUUACGAGAUAAUCGCGGGGAAGGUUCCAUUCGCACGUCUCUCCGACCCUCAAGUAAUGUAUCAGGUCAUGCACAGUGCGCGACCUGCACGACCGACAU